AUGUUACAGGCAGCACAGUACAGUAAUCCCAUUCUUGAUGGGGUGCCUGGAGAUAGUUGCAUGCUUCCUGGAGAAGGUGAGAAAUCCCUCCAAUUGCAUAUCAAAACCAUGAAGAUUGAAUCCAGGAAACGUCAGGUUGACAAGAAGAAAGCCCAGAAACUGCUUGAUGUGACAUUUUGCUUCAGGCAUGGAACUCAUAGAGUGAAGAAGGUGUUGGAGAUCCUAGAGGUAUAUCUGUGUCUCUCCAAUGCAGUUGAGAUGCUGCAAGAGUAUGGAAGAGUUACACAGGCAGGAAACUGCUUGAAACAGGCAUUGAGAAAUAAUCUCUUGGGUACCCAGGAGUUACUUCUACAGUACCUACCCCCCCAGCAAAUGAAUGUCAUAUCUCACAUAGAAGAUGUUUCUCCAGAUAUUCUUCAGUUGUGCUUACCAGUAGCUGUUGGAGAGUCAGAAGAGCUUCUAUGGGCCUCCAACGCCACCACUGGAAGAAACUUGAUCCUGCUCCUGUGGCUGUUUACACUGGUGAAUGAUGGGGCAAGCCAACCUGGCAUCUGUGGGUGGAAAGGAUGCGUUUUCUCACUGAAAGUGCCGUGGAAGCUGUUGCUGUCUUAAUGGCUAUAUAUUUCAUUUUUGGAAUUGAAUAUCGGAAGUUAGC